CGCUGUGAGGGCAGCGGGAGCUGUUUUAAAAGAGGAGGAGAUCCGAGCUCUGGAGAACUGAGAGCAAGCGAGAGCGCACGGAGCAGAUACGCAGGAACUGAAACUGACCAGGGCGCAGGAGCACAAGAGACCUGCAACUCUCCCCAAACCUGACUGCCCGAGCGCUCCGGAAAAAGCGGCUACCAAGAAGCCAAGCGGGUAACGAGAUUUUCCCAGCUCCCUAGAGACACCUGAGCUCUGGUCAUGAAGCUCUUGACAGGACUGUUGCUUCUGCUGCUCCUUGUGUUGUGCUGCGUCGGGGUGGAGGGGUCAAAAUGCAAAUGCUCAAGAAAAGGACCAAAGAUAAGAUACAGUGAUGUCAAGAAGCUGGAAAUGAAACCAAAGUACCCGCACUGUGAAGAGAAGAUGGUUAUCAUCACUACGAAGAGCAUGUCACGGUACCGAGGACAAGAACACUGCCUACAUCCCAAACUCCAGAGCACAAAGAGAUUCAUCAAGUGGUACAACGCGUGGAAUGAGAAACGCAGGGUCUAUGAAGAGUAAGACAAGAAUAUCCUAAUGAAAAAGUCAGAAAUUUUUGGAAGACUUGAUCAAAGGACUCUACAGAAAAACGUUUCUUUCUCACAGACAUAAGAUACAAAUUAUAUAUUGUUACAAAAAGCACUUUUUACCAACGGUCAGUUUUUACAUUUUAUAGCUAUUUGCAAAAGGCUUCCAAGUGUCCUGUCUCUUGCAUUUCAUAGCUCACAAUUGUCUGCUUUUUACUGAAUUUGUGAAAAUCCAUGUCUUUCAUUUUUUAAAAGUGCUGUUUUGUAUUCAUUCAUCCAUCACUAUGAUUGCAACUGAGCUUUAUAAGCUCAUUAGCUGAACAAAUAAUCUAUGUGGUGGUAUUCCAUAGUGUAGUGCUCUGUUAAUUGUAGCCCUAGGAAGAUUUACACUUCUGAUUUCAUAGUGACUUUCUACAGAGGGGAGAAGGCACACAGCUUACAAAGUACCCUGCCAUAAUAAUGUGUUGUUGUGUGUCUAUGUAAUAUGGGUCCACACAGCUGGCAGAACUGAAUGAGCAUCACUCUUGUACAUAUAUUCUUUACUGAAAUAAAAGCUGAUUGCCAGGGAAAUGUACUUAAUGCCCCCAGUUAAUUUUUACACAUAUUAGAAGUGGGGAAUAAUCCCAAACUAAAUUCAUAUCUAAGGAGGAUGCUAGAUUCGUCUCCCAUCGUAUGGUGAUAUGAAAGGUAUACUGCUCUGAUCUCAAGUAUUUUAUGCUUCAAGAACAAUAGGUUUGCUCGCUUUCUUAGUAAAAAUCCUUCAAGGAACUGUUACAUAUAUAUAUGUAUAUAUAUACAUAUAUAUGUAUAUAUAUACAUAUAUAUACAUAUAUAUAUGUAUAUA